AAAAGAUUAACGGAUUUGGAUUUCCUGCAUAUAUUGAAUGGAUUGGUAAGCAUUCCAAGAUUAUUUUUAUUGUUUUUAUGAAAUUGGUAAUAAUGAGCGACGAUAAUAUGGUGUUAGAGUCAGAAGAUACUGAUUUGUAUGAGCCUGAGAAUAUUGAUUCGUAUGAGCCUGAGAAUGUUGAUUUGGGUAAUCCUGUGUAUUCUGAUUUGGAUGAGCCUGGGUGUUCUGAUUUGGAUGAACCUGAUGGUGUUGAUUUGGAUAGGUCAGAAUCUAACGAUAUGGAUAGUAAUGAUAAUAAUGAAGAUACAUUUCAGUCUUCUACAUUAUCACAAACUGCUUUUAAACGAAUAAUUGAAGGACUUGAUAUCCAGGCUAAUGUACUUAGUAAUGAUCGUUUAAAAGAAAUUCUCAUUAAUUCUGAGGAUAAAAUUUUGCAAAACCUUCGUGAGUAUGCACAUGAUAGUGCUGAAAUUAGUCAUCUUCGUGAAUCAUUGCAAGAAAGAUUUUUAGAACCAACAAAACCGAUUCAACUUGCUGCCUUUUUUGACCCACGAACUAAAGAUAUGCAGAUAUUUACAGAGAAUGAGAAACAACAAACUAUUUCUGAAGUACACGUAGAAUAUCUUGAAUUAGCUACAGAUUAUUAUGAAGCAGACAAUUUAUCAGAUUUAACAUCUAAUGAUAUAAUGCAUAUCAAAGAUAUUUUUUUUAAUCCUGCGACCAAUUGUAUUCAAGAGGAUUCAGAUCAAGACGAUAAUAAUAUUACUAACC